UUAAUGUGAUACCGUCGGCCCGUUCGGACGUGUUUUCUCUACGGCGGUGUCUCUGGGAAUCUCGAGAGGAGCCUCUAUUCCGAAACCUGUGGUGUUCUGUAGUGUGUAGAGUGUGCUUUACAAGUUUACCUUACUGAAGUUGUCCUAAAUCUAUUACGUUCUGCAGUUUGCGAGGUCAUUCCCUUUGGCGGCGCCGGACUCGGUUUAGGACCCGUUACAUAAAUUAAGGCGCUCGUCGUAGCGCCCCUCAAUGUAGGCAAUUUGGCUUGCGGGUGUGAAGAAAGCAGUCACUUUGUGUUGUGCGUGUGUGUGUGCCAAAAGUAGACCCGUUUGUUUUGGGGUUCGCCCACAUCGGAUGACACAAAUUCCCCGGAAGGAUACACGGUUCAAAGGAUUUGAUCGGCGGGGUGAAAAGGGACCAGGACCAACACGCAAUACGCGCUGUGUGUGUGUGAGCGUGAAGCCUGCCGAAGAAUUUUGUAUGAAACAUAUUGCUGAUUAGCAAAAGUGCUGAAGCUCCUGCUAAAGCCGACUAAGUGAAAAUUGAUACCGAACGACGACGGCGUCGCUCUACAGAAGGCGUUCUCUCGCUCUUUAGUUAAACGUGAGAAUAGAGCCAAAAGUAAACAAACACGUGCGCGUAAUUGUGGAAAAGUGAUUUUCUUUCCCCCGGCACGUCGAAGACGACGACGACGACGACGACAAACGGAGGAAAAGAAAUAAAGUAAUUAUUCUGGCGCACUUUGUGAGUGUGUUUUUUUUGUUUGCUCCAAGGGUGGAAAGUUUAGCCGAAGAAGCUCUGCUCCUGAGAGUGAGAGCGGGCAAAUGAAAAUUUCCGUUCUGUAAUUAUGUGAGAAACAGAUGCGUACUUUUCGAGUCCCAAAAACUUUCGACGCAGCCGGUGUGGUGGAAAAGUAAAAUAUUAAUAAACAGUCAGAUUCGGAAAAUUGCGCCAACAGUCAGACUGGGUCACAGAGUGUGGUAAUGUAAAGUAGGAAAAAAAACGCAAAUAAUAAUCCGAACCGAGAAAAGGACACUCGUAAUUUCCGGCGACGGCUAACGGACAGAAGGACGACGGACGAGGACGACCGAACGCUCCCAAAUGUCGAAUGCAUGAAACAUAAUGGAUUACCUGGGCAGCAGCUUAAAAUGGACCUCCAAAGACUAUUGAAGGUCUUCCGGGUCGUCGCCUUCACAUGGGUCUGCCUGGCCGCCACGUGCUGUGUUAGACUGGCGGAUGCGAGAAUCGGAUACUUCUGGCACAUAACGGAUUUACAUUUCGACUCAUACUACACCACCAAGGGGGAUAUUUUCCGAAGCUGUUGGGAGAACGAGCACCACUCGGGCACGAGCAACACGAAACGGCCCGGCCCGUACGGUGACCACAUGUGCGACAGCCCAUGGAGUCUGCUCGAGUCGGCCACGCAAGCGAUGAAAUCCAAGCAAGGCGAUAACGUCGAAUUUGUCCUGUGGACCGGUGAUGGCCUGUCCCACUCGGCGCGCCGACUCCACGAGCCAAACCGGCUGGAGCUGCUGCGGAACAUCACCGAGCUGAUGAGUCGCACCUUCCCGUCGCAGUUCGUGUUCCCAGUGCUCGGUCACGACGACGGGACGCCCAACUUUGUGCAGCUGGGCGAGCUGUGGCGCCACUGGUUGCCCUCCGAGGCACUGCAGACGUUCGAGAAAGGUGGCUACUACACGAUCGAGCAAACCAAGAGCAACCUGCGGAUAAUAGCUUUAAACACCAACUACAUGCGCCACGACGCCAAGUACUCACAGUCGCACUCGUCGGCGGUGAAGCAGCGCCCGGACGGGUCGAUCCAUUACACCGGGGGCCACGGCUACGACCGGGACCACCACAUGGGCCUCGGCAAGCACUACCACCGGGACGGGAUCGUCGUGGGCAGCCCCGGGGGUCCCGGCUAUCCCGUGUACAGCAGCGAUAGGCGGAACAGCUACAGUAGUAGUGGUGGUGUUAGUAGGAUAGACGGCAGUAGCAGUAGUAGUGGUAGUGGUAGUGUCGGUGGCCACGUCAGUGCAUUAUCGGGAUCAAACAGCCACGAGUCGGAGAAGCAGUGGGAGUGGCUCGAGGACACACUGGAGAAGUUUAGUAAUAAAAAGGAGAAUGUAUAUAUAGUAGGACACAUACCACCAGGCUCGGACGAGCGCCACAUUGGCCACACGAUGCCGUACGGACACACGAGCUUCACCGAGAAGAACAACGCGCGCUACCUGCGGCUGGUGAAGAAGUACUCGUCGAUCAUUCAGGGACAGUUCUUCGGCCACCUGCACUCGGACUCGUUCCGGGUGGUCUACAAUGACAUUGGGAAACCCGUGUCAUGGAUGAUGAUCGCGCCCUCGAUCAGUCCCCGGAGGAUGGGCGAAUCGAACAACCCGGCCAUGCGGUUGUACAAGUUUGACACCGAUUCCGGCCAGGUCCUGGACUACACGCAGUACUACCUGGACCUGGACCAGGCCAACCUGCAGGAGGAAGCGGUCUGGCAGCCCGAGUACAACCUGACGACGUACUACUACGGGCUGGCCGAGGUUUCAUCGGUGGCGCUGCACAACCUGGCCGACCGGUUCUCGAACGCGGACGAUACGCAGUUUGCCAAGUACUACCGCGCCAACUCGGUCCGCUACUCGACGCAGAGCUGCGAGGGCAUCUGCCUGCUCAAUCACUACUGUGCCAUAACGCGGCUGGACUACCGCGAGUUCCGCCACUGUCUGGAGACGUCGGCCAAGGCACUGGCCUCGAAGAACGGCUCCGGUGGCCACGGGUUCCCGGGCGUGGCGCUGGUUCCGCUGAUGGCCUGCCUGGUGGUUCUGGUGAACUCCAGGAGGGCUGCGGUGAUGGUCAGCUGGCUGGUGGUGCUCCAGGUUGCCGCGGGCUGGAUUGCCUCCGGUGGUCACCAGUAGAAGGUAGAUGUGGUUGUGUGCGUUGCUUUAGUGUAUAUUUGUGCAGAGCUGCUGUUUGCGUGUGGGUGUGAGGUUUGUGGAAAGUGGUGAAAAUGAAACAGUUUUACAUAUUCAUUAAAGUUAUUGAUUUUUUUCCUGUCACACCCCUCGAUGGCCAUUAAGAGUACAAUCUGAAUGAAAAAGAGGGAAAACGCUUCAGAGGAAAUUCAAAAAGAAUAAAGGUUUUGUUUGACAGUAAAAUUUAAAUUUUAGGCAAACUUUUUUUCAAUUUUUCAAUUCAUUUCAUUUUAAAAUUCAAAACUGUGAAAAAUCCCAUCAGAAGCAGUAAAAAAAUAGAAAAAAAUAAAUCAGGAAACGGCGAUACAGCAGCGGUUAUGUGGUUUGCAUACCCUCAUCCCUCCCCCCACAACCCACGUGACCAACACCAUCGACUGCGUGUGAAACUUUAAGCUAAUUUAUUGCCAGCAAAUUAUUUUCCCUGUAAACGAUAACGGCGAAACGCCUACCAGAGUGUACCGUACAAGAGCAUCAACAAAAACGGGAUUAACUGUGUGGCCUUGUUGCUAUUAGCGAUGGCUUUGAUCAUCCCUCUCCCUCCCCUCACGACACGCUGUCUCUCUUUACAUAAAUAUACUUGUCCGUGAAAAGCUGGCCCACCCACCCUCACGAGGUGGGGGGUGUUUUUUUAAAAAAGCUGCGUGUUUGUUGAACACUACACGGGCUUGCUGACCAGGGUGAACCAGCGGCAGCAUCAUCACAUUGGUGGGGCUUCCAGCAUCCAGUCUGGAUAUAAAGUGAGUCCCCGGUUUUGGAUUUCUGUGUUUGCGUGCUGUAAUUGGGAUGUUGGCUUUUCACACACGAACGUGGAUUUCAAGCGGAUUUUUUGGAAAAUGAAUCUGGGGUCGGUAUCACUUGCGGAACAGUUAUGGUAUACUUUCGAAUCAGUAGAGAAGUGAUGUGUUAUUUUGAGAUUAAAUCUUUACAGUGCUAAGGUAAAACAUAAUAUAACAAAUGCACAACACUUUCAUUUUUAUAGAUAAAAUUUGAUAGAUAAAAAACAAUAUGUUUUUUCAAGUUUUUUUUUUAACAUUCCAACGCCCAAGGCUCCAAAAAAGUUGGAACGAUAUCUUCAACUCAAUGGUUCUCGGGCAUAACUCAACCAAUCAAGAUGAUUCUUCUUUCCAGUGAUUUGUUAGGAUGUCUAGAUGAUUCUAGACCUUUGCAGAACUUAAUUUGAUCAAAUCUGUAAUUUUUGCGAUCAAAAACAUCGUUCCAACUUUUUUUUUCGCGUGUAAAAAAAAAUCGCCGAAAAUUCCGCGGAGGCAGUCGUUUAAAAAAAGUUGGAACGAUGUUUUCGGUCGCAGAAAUUACAGAUUUGUUUAAAUCAAGUUCUGCAAAAUUUUAGGAUCAUCUAGACAUUCUUACAAAUCACUGGGAACAAGAAUCGUCCCGAUUGGUUGAGUUAUGCCCGAGAACGGGCGUGUUGAAGUUACCGUUCCAACUUUUUUGGGAGGCUUGGGCGUCCGUGUAAGUUGGACAUGCGUUGGGCGUUCCAGUGUUAAUGUGUCUAUUCCUUUGGUUCCUUGGAUAAAAGCAUCUAUUUUCUUGCAUGAAAAUGAUUUUGGAAUCGGAUUAUUUCUUUAAAAAAUACAAGAAAUUGCGAGAUUGGCAAGAUUUAAUACAUUAACUGGCCUUGACCUUAAUUAGUUUCUUAAGUUAGGCUGCAUUUUUUUAAUGAUCAUAGAAAUAUAGAAACAUAAAAAUGUACGCUUAAAUAAAUUAUUCAAGUGAAACGCACUAUUGACAAUACAAUUUUGAUACAUAUUCAACAUUUCGUUAGACGUUAGUAAAAAUUCCAAAUGAUUUGAAUAAUUUAUAUAUUUUCCAAUCAAAACCUUUCUUUAUAUUGACUUAACAAUCGUUUGAUUUCAAGAUUUCCCAGAUUUACUGAAAUAAAAAAAAAUUUAUCAUGAUCAAAUUAUAGCUAAUAUUCUAGUGAAAGUAACAUUCAGUAAAAACAGUAAAUUUUCUCUGAAUCGAUAUUACAGGGACCGUAGAACCGUAAAUUAUUGAAGUAUGCUGUUAGAAAGGAAUAAAAAUGUCAGUCUUUUCAUAGAAUACUGACAUAAUGUAAUCAUAUUUUUAUUCCCUCAGUAAUAAUUUGACAUUGAAUUUUAUCUUGCAAUAUAUUUAUUUUUUAUUUUAUUUUGAAAAUCAGGUCUUUGUAGAUUUUUUUUGUUUCGUGUAAUUUUUACGAAAUUCAAUGAUUUGAUCCCCGUGGAUAUUGGAUACCUCAUUUUUUUUUGUAUUUUAAAGACUUAAGUUAUAUUACCCAAUUUGAAUGUAAAAAAGAUCUACCCAUAUAAUAAAAGCGAAUCAGAAAAUACUUUAUAGCUUCAUAAAAAUGGAAAAAAAUGGAUACAACAAAUGAUUAAAGAUAUUUUUGCAAUUCCGUCGUGAAACUACUAACUUUUCCUGUCAUUCUUGAACGACGAAACAGCCUACUUUUCUGUACCAAAAAUAACAGAAUCGAAUAGUAACCCUUUACAAAACAAAUGCUGAAAAGUUCUACUUUUCAGCACUGAAAUGGAUGCUGAAAAGUUGAACUUUUCAGCACUUAUUAGAAAAAGUUAUACUUUUCAACUUUUUUUUUAUUUGAACGAUUCAUUGACUCAAUGCAUGGUCAUUUGUCCUAUAAUUCUGUCCAAAGGGUGUUUUUCAGAAUAGCAAAAAACGUUGUAUGGAACUCGUUGCAAAACUUGAUUUUUCAUCACUCGUCGUAUUUAUCUAACUCGGUGAACCUCGUUAGAUAAAUGUACGACUCGUGCUGAUAAAAACCUCUUUUUGCAACAUGUUGCAUAAACUACUAUUAGAAAAGAUUUUAUUUAAGUGCCACUUGAAAAAAUUAUGAAAAAAGUACUUUCUGAAAGUUUCAUAUUAAACUCUUAAGGAAAUUUUUACAAUUUUCACGUUUCAUGAAAUUUAGUACUUUGGAAUUAUGGUCCCCGUGAAAUUUGGAAUUUUUGGGCGUGAAAAAUCACUAACCCUGGUAAAACCUUGUUAAAACCACCGCAAUGAUUGAUGCCUUUCUAACAAAGUCAAUUGCAAAAGCUUCAUGUUUGUAUUUUUGCAUUUACCAAAAUCUUUUUUGUGUGUUCCGAAAACUUAAUAAAAUCCAAAAAUUUUCAGAGAACCCAAACCGGUUGUAACGCGCAACCUUUUCACAACGUACCAGGAGCGUUACAUUGCGCAAUCCCUGGACAAUCCAAUUUAUUUGAAACACCUUUUAUGCUUAGCCUGCAAACAACUUUAGCGCCACUCCAAAAGUUGGAGGUUGUUUGUGGAUUUUAAUCAGGGAAGCCCGACCUGAAGCUCUUGAUCUCAAGGCGAGUUUUAGUGUAAUCUAAACCGAAAAGUCGAACCAAAAGAUCCCAAAAAUUUACUCAAGGUCAACAACAUUUACGAACUCUUUCAUCUCAGUCUUUAAAACAAACGAACGCAUUAGUUAGAGUGCAUUCUAAUCCAAAAUUUAUUAAGAAAAACAAAGUUCAUUACGAAACGAAAGAAGGUAUAUUUAAGUUAAACGCGUGCAGAAUUAAUCCUCGUUUUUGCAACGCAAAAUCCGAAAAAGACCCGGGAUUUUUAUUUGUGGUUGUAAAUGAGCUCAAAUUAAUACUAAGGGGGGGGGGGUUUAGAUCUUAAAUCUAGCAAAAACUAUUCCCUAUUGUCGUGCACUGUACUUUACCCUACUAAUCUGGUACCAGCAACUGCUUGCAGGCGUUCUUGAACGGCGUGUAGAUUCUCCUAGGUCCGGACCUACUGCGACGAUCAGCGAUCCAACAGCUCCGGUGCGUUCGCGCAACCCUACCGCACUCUAGCGGCGGCUAGCAGUACUCCGCCGUGGACACGUGGCACAGCGAUCGGCGUCGACACGUUCUUCGCCGCGCUUUGGGCUUCCAGCCCCCAAGCGGCGUCUAGCGGAACCAACGUUUACACGUGGCCGUCGCACGGCGACGUUCUUGAUGGGGACGCUCGGUCCAACGUUGUUUCGAAUCGGUGGAGACGGAUGGUACUGCUGCUGUCAGGCUUUUGUCUCGUUCCUCGCACUUCCUUCGGUCGGGCAAGCGAGGUUAGAAUCGGCUGGGCAGCCGGCGAGCUUUUGGCGUGCUCGAAAGCUCGGAACUUCCUCCAAGCUCUGGGAUUGCUUCGAAAAGGACGUGUGGGGUCAACUGGGUGGGCGGAGUAGAUGCGUCUCCGAGUCGUUGGAGUUGACUAAGGCGGUUGAAACGGUUCGUCACGACCCCGUCGUGGUUUUCAUCCACCAGUCUGACCAACGAAGCAUUCCCAGCGUCGAACGACGAAAUGUACGGCUUUUCUGCCCCGAGACUUGCACCCACGUUAAUGGGCAACCUAUAACGUGGCCAAAAGUUGCAUUUCUGCCUAAUCUCAUGAUCUGUAUUUAGAUCUUACCUGACACGCGCAAAGGGUUCACCUAACCUUUGCUUGUUCUAGGGGGAAACUAUUUCUUCAAAGCUUUGAGUGCUAGAAAGUAAGUGCAUUUGUAAUUUGCGAAGCUUUACAAAAUCGUUGCCCUGUGCACUUACUGCUUUUCCAGAAAGAGUAUCACAAUCACCAGAACUAAUUCCACUUUAAACUUUUCACCGAAAUUAAACUGUUCGAAAAAAGCAAAACCGUUUCGUAAAAGCACUCCAACUAAAGUGAAGCGUCGGUUUUUUGACUCAGCUUUAUAGAGUUCCUCGAUCCGUGAUAAUUGUACCUAGUUGACCUUGAAUCAACCAAUCAGAUUCUUUUGCGACGCAGGAAAUUAAAACACACGAACACGGUUUUAAUUUCAAUUGCAGAUAUCAUUUCAAUCUCGUCGUGAUAUCAAAAGUAGAUCAAAGCAGUGGUAUACUACAUGUGUAUGUGCACACAAUCAAAUCAAAAGGGUUCAGUUGUUUGCAGAAUACUUGCAGGCGCAUUAUUUUUAUAUCGUUUUACAGUAUGUGACACAUGAAAUGUUACACGGUGAAUGGAAUUAACAAAUUCUGCUGAGCCAUUGUCGAGAAAUCCGAGAUAACAGAAUCGUAUCUUACAAAUACCUGCUCAGAAUUUAAUUCUGUGUCGAUAUGAUUAAGUGAAGGUUUAAGAAGUUCAGUUUUUGGGUGAUUUUGUGGCCUUUCUUCAAUAAUGGUGGCAAAAAUAUUGAAUAUAAGAAAUUUUUGUAUUCCAAUUGUAUUCAAAAAUGAUAAAAAAUCAUUUUUUUAAUAUCCAUAAAAUAACACAAAUUUAAGAAACUACUUUCAAAAUCAUGCUUUCAAGCAUAAUCGUUAAUUUCUUGCUUGAAAAGAUUCUGUUGUCAAAGAUGGAAGAAGAAAGUAACACAAUCUUCCAAUAGAUUCUGAAUGUAAAUGGUCCCAAUCCUCAUUUUACUUAUUUUAAUUAAUUUGAAAGCCUCAGUUUCAUUUAAAUAUGACCAUUAUUUUUAUUGAACACUCUUUCAAGCCUGGUAAUGUAAUUACAAAUUGAUACAUUAUUCGUAAGACCCUCAGGAGGAAAAAAACCCAAUAUUUUCACUCCAAGCCCAAGUUACGGACCGUAAAUCACCAGUGGAAACUCCCAUAAGAACGUCCUUCCUUUUUUCCGAAAAAUUGAACUGAAAUUAAAUCCAAUCCCCCGGACGUAACUUGGCAGCUUCCACGGAACCAACCGCCCAAAAAAAAGGGGUAACAUUUAUCGCGCGGCAACGCAAUGAAAUUAAACCACCGCAGAACGCAGCCCGUGGCAGCGAAAGGAAUUCUCAAAUAAACCAUUCCAAGUGGGAGGGCAGAAAAAAAGGGGCUCAAAUAAAUCUUGCCAAUGACUUUCCAAAGCGAGGUGGAAAAUUUUCCGUUUGAAGGGAGGGGAGGAAAAAGCUAAAGCAAACCAAAGCUCUAACCAAAAGCCCACAUUUUCCGAAAUGAAAUAAAAAACACGAAUUGACUGAAAUUUCAACAGAACAAGUAAAACAGAGAGAAGAAUGUUGAACAAACACUCGCGGACAGGGUGAGAUUGUUUUAGGGAAUGAAAGGGGUAGGAAAAAAACAGCAGCGAAUUCUUUGUUAUUUACUUUUUUGCUGUAAAAAGGAGGAAAUUAAAUGUGAUAAAAACUGAUUGAUUGAGCGCCUAAGAGUUAAUGAUGUGGAACGAAAGCAGAGGGUUUGAAAUGAAGAUUUAUGAUGUUUUAGGAAAGGUCCCUCGGACGCUCCAGCAGCGGAGGAGGGUUAAAUGUAAAUAAUCACUUCAUAAGGCAGAUUCAUCUAGCGGUAAGCGGAACCUUAGAUAAAACUGCAUGAAUAUUUUAUUUUUUGACUAGGUUCAAGCUCCCCGGAAACGUGAAAAGAGACCGCAUGGCUUUUUGUUCCAAAAACCCCAGUUAUGAAAGCAUUCGUACGAGACACAAUACCAAAAUUGUAAAACUUAGUCUGUAAAUUUAGCUAAAUUACUACAAAAUGUGUAUAAAAUGACUUAGUUUAAGCUGCUAUUCAACGGUGUUUGUCGAACAGCUCAUAGAGAAAAUAAAUGCAACUAAACCAAAUCGAAACACUUAUUCCAAAUUUGUUGACUAAUUGAAGGCGAUCAUGUUUUACAUCCCAUUGAACUAGAAUUUUAUUACCGAAAAAAAAAAUCUAUACAGA